AUGGUCCAGCUAAGGCGAGCGAGGGGCCUACUUGGAGCUUUGCUCUUGUGCAGCUCGCGACUCGUACAGUCUCUAAGAUAUGACCCCAACGAGACAGACUGGAACCUCAACACCAACCAAGCAGCAACCAGUCCUCUGGACUACUCGGGAACAUGGCAGGACCAUACAUUUCAUCCAUCUCCUGAAAACUGGCGGUUUCCGUUCUAUACACUAUUUCUCGAUCGGUUCGUCAAUGGCGAUCCGUCCAACGACGACAUCAACGGCACACUCUUCGAGCAAGACAUCAUGGGCACUACAAUGCGCCAUGGAGGAGAUUUGGCAGGAUUGGUGGACACAUUGGAUUAUAUUCAAGGCAUGGGCAUCAAGUCAGAUGCCUACUCGCCCAUCGAUUUCACACUGCUCGAUCACCAUUUUGGCAAGAUCGCGGAGUGGAGAGCGGCAAUUGACGAGAUUCAUCGACGUGGAAUGUAUAUACUUCUUGACAACACUUUUUCAACUAUGGCUGAUCUCAUCGGCUUUGAUGGCUACCUCAACGUGUCUACACCUUUCCUCCCAGAUGAACACCAAGUCGUCUGGAAGACCGAGCGACAGUACCCUGACUUUGCGUUUGGCAACACUAAAACCUCAACAUGCGAAUUACCUCGUUUCUGGGACGAAAGUGGUAGUCUGGUACAGAAGGGAGCCAAUUCUGACAGCUUCUCUGCUACAUUUGACAAGCUCUCAUCGCUUUCAAGCUGUUACGACAGCGAUUUCGACCAGUACGGCGAUACUGAAGCCUUUGGUGUUUUCCCUGAUUGGCAAAGACAGCUCUCAAAAUUCGCAUCCGUGCAAGACAGAUUGCGCGAAUGGAAACCAUCGGUUCUAGAUAAACUCAAGCAUCUGCACUGCCUUACCAUCUCUAUGCUCGACAUAGAUGGCUUCCGUAUCGAUAAAUCCACACAAGCUACCGUGGAUGCAUUGGCAGACUUUAGCCAGUCGAUCCGUGAUUGUGCCCGAAACAACGGUAAAGAGAAUUUCCUUAUAGCUGGAGAGAUUACCGGAGGUAACAACUUUGGCUCUAUCUAUCUGGGCCGUGGUAGAGAACCCGGUCAGAAGAUUAACGACCUAGGAGACGCUGUGAAAACCAGUAACGACUCAGACGACAAACUCUUCCUGCGUGCAGCGGGCAAGAGUGCCCUCGAUGCUUCCGCUUUCCAUUACAGUGUAUACCGCCUCUUACAGCGCUUUCUGGGUAUGGAUGGCAAUCUGACAGUAGGCUAUGACAUCCCUCACAACUUUGUAGAUGGUUGGAAUCAGAUGCUGUUAACGAACGACCUUGUCAAUCCUAACACCGGGAAAUUCGAUCCUAGACAUAUGUACGGCACUUCGAACCAAGACGUCUUCCGCUGGCCGACUAUCAAAGACGGCACGCAAAAGAUGCUUCUUGGUUUAUUCAUGACCACUCUACAUAUGCCUGGUGUACCGCUGCUCAACUGGGGCGAAGAGCAAGCUCUUUACACACUUGAUAACACGGCUUCGAACUACGUGUUCGGACGUCAGCCUAUCUCAUCAUCGCUGGCAUGGCAAACACAUGGUUGCUACAAACUUGGCUCCGAUAUCUUCCACGACUUUCCCAUCGACGCAGGUGCCAUUGGCUGCAACGACGACAAUGUUUCUCAAGACCAUAGAGACCCCACACACCCCGUCCGAAACAUCAUCAAGGCGUUUUAUCAUCUCAGAACCAAGAACCCGAUUCUCAAUGACGGAUGGCUGUUGCAGUCCCUCUCAAACCAGACGCAUAAUGUCUACUUUCCAGGAUCGAACGGCACUGCCACUGAAUUUGGCAUGUGGAGUGUGAUGCGCAAUCAGUUCUUCAAUGGCGUGCAGAAUCUUACAGGCACUGUAGAUGCUAAACCAGCAGUGUGGCUUGUUUACCAAAACGAGGACCACACUGUUGACUACACGUUCGACUGUUCAUCCAACGAUACAGCCCUGAUCUCGGUAUUUGACGAAGAAGAGGAAGUUCGAAAUCUGCUCAGUCCCUACGACACCAUAACUCUCAAGCGCGGUCCCAAANAGCUUGGGAUCGACGGCUCGGAGAAAUUCAAUGGCUGUCUUGAUAAGCUCACCUUGAACGCAUGGGAUUUCAGAAUAUACGUUCGCAAAGCAGAUUGGAUCGAGCCCGCGCCAACAUUGACGAGGUUCAACCCUGGUCAUGAUGCGCGAAUUCUGUCUAAAGUCAACCCUGGCGAGAAAGAGUCUGUUGAUGUUGAGUUACAGUUCUCUCAAGAGAUGGACUGUGACUCCAUCACAAAGAACAUCGUAGUUACCUCGACCACAGCGGACAAAAGCAGCCCUGGCAUCGAUACCAAAAGUGUCGUCUGCAGCAAGAUACAGGAUUCUAACCCUCCGCCUUACGUGGGAGCCAUUACUUCGGCAUGGAGCUGGAAGGCUACCCUGACCGACGUAUCCCAUGGUGUGCACAGUCUGACUGUUCAGAAUGCUUCGACGACCGGCGGUGUGUCUACUGGAUCUACGGACCAUGUGUUCUUCCGUAUUGGACAAGCCGAAAAUCCUAUCGUCUUUCCUCGUACUGCCAACUACAGCAGCAACGUACUCUCUAAAGGUUCUGACGGGGCUUUACUUGUAUCGCACCAAGCUGCAGGAGCUGAUAAGUGGCGUUACUCGACCAACUGGGGAUCCACCUGGAGUGACUGGCAAAACUAUGAUGGCACCAACUCGACCGUAAAGAAACAACCCUGGUCUGGUACGAAGGGUCAAAAGUGGACCGGCGACCACAUCGUACUGCAAUACUGGAACCGUGUGAUUGGAAGCAGCACCCACAUCCAGCACGCUGAUGCAGACCAGAAGCAAACGCCUCGGCGGUUCCCUCAUCUCUUUGCCAACGGCGACUUCAACCAGUUCGGGUUCGAUGGUGGCCUGAAGAACGCUUUCGAGAUGACCGACGAUGCGUGGAACUUCCACCUCAUGACCGAGUGGCCUCAUCAAGUCCAGGCCAAUGUGUGGGGCAUGAAUCCCGACGGUCAACCGGAUCAGUCCUUCAUUUAUGGUGACAUUGACAAUGAUACUGUUCUCGACCGAUUGCCGCCUGACGCUUUGAGUCCUGCCCUUCUAAACAUCACCGAUUUCCCUCCCAGUCCCUACCUGGCGUAUAAAAUCAGUAUCGAUGACGCUACUUUUAAGUACAAAUUUAUACCUACCGGCAGUAGAUUGGUACAAGUUCUUGUCUUCGCUCUUCUCUGGUCUCUUCCUGUCUUGGCUGGCGCUAUCAGUAUCUGGACUUACAUGGGCGCUUUCUACGGUGUCAAGUUCAACAAAAUCGGACUCUCUAUGCCUAAGGGUAUGCCAUCGUUCUGGAAGCGCCACAAGUUCAGCAAGUUGGCCGACGACGAUGUUGAGGAAGUUGGCCAUCGCAUGAAGCCACUGUUUUUGGGAAAGUCCCACCAACGAUAUGACUCUGCCGCAUCAGGUAUCUCCCUUGCUGCUAAAAAGGACAAGAGACGUAAAGUCAUCAUCGCCACAAUGGAAUAUGACAUCGAGGACUGGGGUAUCAAGGUUAAAAUCNGGGUUAUUCCAUGUGUUGGCGGCAUCGAAUUCCCAAUUGACCAGAUUGCUGAGCCCAUGAUCGUAACAAUUCUUGGAAACCCAUACGAGAUCCAAGUGCAGUAUCAUCAGCUCAACAACAUUACUUAUGUCCUACUAGAUGCACCGGUAUUCAGAAAACAGACAAAAACAGAACCAUACCCGCCACGCAUGGACGAUCUGGAUUCCGCCAUCUAUUACAGUGCAUGGAACGCGUGUAUUGCUGAAGCGAUCAAGAGAUUUGAGCCAGAUAUCUACCACAUCAAUCCACUGACAUACUAUAGGCUCCACAACGCCGAAUUCCAAGGGCUGUGGCCUAUGCGCACAGAUCAAGAAUCAGACGAAGUAUCGCGUGUCUACAACCUGGAUAAAGACACUAUUCAAAAGUACGUGCAGUUCGGUGAGGUUUUCAACCUACUGCACGCCGGUGUAAGUUACCUGAGGGUUCAUCAGAAGGGCUUCGGCGCCGUUGGUGUGUCUAACAAAUACGGUGCUCGAUCUUUCGCUCGCUACCCUAUCUUCUGGGGGCUCAAGGAGAUUGGCAAGCUCCCAAAUCCUGAUCCAUCUGACACAGCUCCCUGGAGUCGUGAAGAAGAAGCGAACCAAGUCAUCACAGUGGACCCAGCAUAUGAAGCCUCACGAGGCGACCUACGCAGACAAGCCCAAGAAUGGGCUGGCCUUGAGGUUGACCCUACCGCCGAACUCUUUGUAUUCGUCGGACGAUGGAGCAACCAGAAGGGUGUAGACUUGAUCGCCGACGUCUUUCCCAACAUCCUCGAGAAGCAUAAAAACGUCCAACUCAUCUGCGUUGGACCUGUCAUUGACAUGUAUGGCAAAUUUGCAGCGCUUAAACUUGGCGUUAUGAUGAAGAAGUACCCAAAGCGCGUUUACUCGAAACCGGAGUUCACUGCGUUGCCUCCAUNUCAUUUUCUCUGGUGCGGAGUUCGCAUUGAUUCCCAGCCUUUCGGAUUAGUCGCUGUCGAAUUUGGCCGCAAGGGUGCUCUUGGUGUUGGUGCUAGGGUCGGUGGUCUUGGCCAGAUGCCAGGCUGGUGGUUCACUGUGGAGUCGACGACCACAGCUCAUUUGAUGCAUCAGUUCAAGUCCGCGAUCGAAGAUGCUCUGGCAGCAAAUACAGAGGUGCGAGCGAUGAUGCGUGCCAGAUCGGCCAAGCAAAGGUUCCCUGUUCAGAAGUGGGUGGAAGACCUCAACACACUUCAGAGCACAGCCAUUCGCAUCCAUCAGCGCGAGGCGAACUAUGGAUUACAACCAGCUAGAAGGUCAGUCUCAAACUUCGGCAACGAUUCGAGGGUUUCUCUAGCUCCAUCGAGAGAUGCCAGCCCGAGUGCCAGUUCGGUCUACGAGACUCAACCACGUACAAGUUCGUCGCCCUCCAACUUGAAUCGUACCCUGUCCCUAGGAUCAAGAGCUGGACCCGGUCACCAUGGCAGACCUCCUCGCGUGCAGAUCACAGAUGCCGAGAUCUCUGAGGCUGAAGAAGACCCAUUCGGCAGCGAGUACAGCGUAAAUGCAGAAGAGGAAACCAUCACGCGCGAAGAGGCCGAUACCUUUACGAGAGAAUCGGACCGGACAGAUGCCCUUGAACGACUCGAGGGCAGAAGUAGAGGCAUGUCUUUGAGUGCACCACGGCCUGCACUUGUGUCAGGAAAUCGUUCGAGGUCACCGAGCCCAGACCCAAGAGACCUGCAGCGAGGCAGGAGUCGAAAUCGAGGCUCCGGGCCAUAUCUAUCUGUCCAGACUGGAGAAGGAACAAACAGAAGGGCAGGCGCCGAUAGCCUUCUUCCGACAGCCGAACCACGCGAUCGCUCAAGUUCUCGCCUCAGCAACUCUUCGAGGUUGAGCAUGUCUUCGCAACUCGACUUAACGUUGGUUAUUGGUGGUAAGAAAGAUUACAACUUGCAGAAGAUCGAACUUGACUUUGACGACAAGACCGGCGAAUACUACCGCGCUUUUGAGACGAUGUUGGACAAGCUCAAUGGCAAGACGUCCGAAAAAGAUCUCUGCAUUGAAGAGUAUCUUGUGGAGAGUGAAAAAGCUUGGUUCAAGAAGUAUCGCGAUGCUAAAUUAGGUAGAUCGCGCGAACGUGGAUCAACUGCCAAUCUUCACGGCACCCCUCGGUUGGUUUCGCGUGGUUCUCGAGGAUCUUCUGUCGACGCUGACGAACGCAUGAGUGAUGGGGAAGGCUCGAUGGAGGACUUCUUGCUUGGAGACAACUACCAGCGACCCUCCCUCGUCAAACGCUGGAUGCUUACCCGACUUGGCGAUUGGCCCUUCUAUUCGUUCUUACUCGCUCUCGGACAGAUUAUGGCUGCGAACAGUUACCAAAUCACGCUGCUUACAGGUGGAGAGGACCCUAAGCCAUCGAUGAUUUACACGAUUGGCGGCAUCUACAUCGCAGCUUCCGUUGUCUGGUGGCUUCUCUUCCGUACGAUGAAGGCUCGAUUCGUCCUCUCGGUACCUUUCGUUAUGUAUGGCAUGGCAUUCCUGUUCGUCGGAAUGGCUCCAUUCCUUCCAAAGGGUGCUGGCAGAGAUUGGAUGCGUAACGUGGCAGACGGUGUCUAUGCAGCUGCUUCGGCCAGUGGAAGUCUGUACUUUGCACUCAACUUUGGAGAUGAGGGUGGCUCACCAAUUUCGUCAUGGGUUUACCGCGCCUGCCUCAUCCAAGGCACUCAACAGCUCUACAUCACCGGUUUAUUCUACUGGGGACGUACGAUCACCCAUGCCACGCCAAAGCAGAAAACCGAGAGCGACACGCUUUCCUCUUCGCCUAUCAUGGCUGCUAUCACCCUUCCAAUUGCAGGUCUCCUAUGGUUGAUCGCGCUCACCUUGUUCACGAGUUUGCCAGCCUACUACCAACAGCGUCCUGGAAAGAUUCCAAGCUUCUAUAAGACUCUUGCUCGUCGCAAACUGAUAUCCUGGUUCUUCGUCGCGGUGAUUCUACAAAACUACUUCCUCUCGCCGCAGUACGGUCGCUCUUGGCAAUAUCUCUGGAGUUCCAACUAUGCUCCUGUGUGGGUGGUAGCAAUCUUGGUUCUCAUCUUCUUCAUCAUUGUCUGGUCUUUGAUGCUGUAUGUCUUCAGCAGACUCAGCAAAAGCCACAGCUGGAUUUUACCAAUCUUCGCAAUCGGUCUCCUCGCUCCCCGCUGGGCACAACAGUGGUGGGGUACCUCUGGCUUCGGACUCUGGUUGCCAUGGAUGCCUGGUGGUCCUGAAGGAGGUGCAAUAGCUGGCAGGGCUCUCUGGCUCUGGUUAGGCGUUUUGGAUGCCGUGCAGGGUGUUGGCUUCGGCAUGAUGCUGUUGCAGACUCUCACACGUAUCCAUAUUGGUGUCACGCUGAUCUCAGCACAAGUGCUGGGUACAACGGUCACACUCAUUGCAAAGGCGACCGCGCCAAACAGAAAUGGUCCUGGAGAUGUGUUCCCUGAUUUGAGCGCUGGUGUGAUAGACGCGAUCAGUAAGCCUUGGUUCUGGAUUGCACUAGCUUGUCAGCUUGUUAUUCCGAUUGGUUUCUUCAGUUUCUUCCGAAAGGAGCAACUCUCGAAGCCUUGA